UAUAUAUAUAUAUAUAUAUAUCUCCAUUACUGGAAGGAAAAAGAAGAAGUCAAUGGAGUUUGAAGAUUUAGCAGAGGGAUGCAUUGCAGAGAUACUGUCACACACGUCUCCCAUGGAUGCAUGCAAGCUCUCCUUAGUUUCCAGAGGCUUUUGUUCUGCAGCUGAAUCUGAUUUUGUGUGGUCUGCUUUUCUCCUCAACUUGACCUCAAUCAUUCCUCCUUCUUCCAUUCCCUCAUCCAGUUCUAAGAAGGGUCUCUAUUUCAAUCUCUGCAACCACCCCACCAUCAUUGAUCAGGGCAAAAAGAGUGUUCAGCUGGACAAAAGGACAGGGAAGAAGUGUUACAUGCUUUCUGCUAGAAAUCUGGACAUUGAAUGGGGUGAUGAUGUUCACCAUUGGGAUUGGACAAGCCUGCCGGAGUCCAGGUUCGAAGCGGUUGCUGUUCUUCGUGCUGUGUGCUGGUUUGACAUCAGUGGGAAGAUAAGCACGGUUGGUCUGUCAUCAGACACUCAUUAUGCAGUAUUUCUGGUGUUCAAGAUGAUCAAUGCAAGUGGGUUUCACUACCAUCCGACAGUGAUAUCAGUUGGUGUUUCUGGAGGCAGUACCAACUCCAAAUAUGUUUGUUUGGAUCUGAACUUGAAAGAUAAUCGCUUAAUAAAACUACCAUGUCCUAAAGUGAGAAGUGAUGGGUGGUUGGAGAUUGAGAUGGGAGAGUUCUUCAAUUCAGGCCUAAAAGAAGAACAAGUGCAUGUGAAAGUCAUGGAGACAACAAGCCAUAUUUGGAAGUGUGGUUUUGUUCUUGAAGGAAUAGAAAUUAGGCCUAAACAUGUCUGAUAUGUGAAGGAUGAAAACUUCAAAAGAAUGCAGAAUUCUCAGUUUAUUCUUUGCUUUGACAUCUUUUUUCCCAUAAGCAUUGUACAAAUAUGCAAAGUAUUAUUUUAUUGUAACAUUUUAUUUAAUAUUUAUUGUUAGAAAAA